AACGGGCUGAUGGUGUUUCCACCGACGGCGCAGUCCCGUGCACGGAGAGAACCGUACCCCAACCCCAGCCCGUUCAGUAGUGACAACACGGUACAGGCAGGGUUCCCUCCUAUGGUAGCAGCUUCCUGGGGAGAUGUUGAUCUAACAACUGAUGUUGGGAAAGUGUGGUAUCAGGUGUACAAUUCAAUUGAUGACACAUCAGUUGACAAUGCCACUCAAGCCAUGUUUGACAUGGUAACAGGGAGAAUGAACCAGUCUUUCAGCGACCCCUUUGUACCUACCUGGGUUCUGGUUGUCACCUGGGACAGUGUGCCGUCCGUGGAAGCAAGAUAUACCAAACAGAACCCAAACACAUUCCCAAGCAGUGCUGGCCACAGAUGGGUCAGACUCCGUUGCGUUCCUAACCUAUAAGGAAGAUGAGAUGUUGUGGACCAAUGAAACACAAAGCGUUGUUCUCGGCUACAACAGUGCUAACGGGGCAAACUUCGAAAACAUCCAGCUGGCAAACCCUUACAGACCCGAUCAGGUCAACGGAAACACGGGACUGAAAGGACGAUGGGCGUUCAGAUUAGAGAGCGAUACAACAAGGAAAACUAACUACAAGAAGCUGUGUCAUGACUGGUACAACGCAGAACCUGAACAUUCAGAGUGGAUUGUUGGGGAAGGCCAUUGUCCCUGCACGCUGCUGCAGGCACUACGGGACCAACGCUUCACCCCUGUCACCUUGUCUCCAUUUGAAAUCUUCCUUCUUCUUGUGUUCAUUGACGAUUUAGAAGUUUGCCUCAGCCCUCUGUUUGCCAGUCCCACUGGUUCAAGUGUAGACUGUUGCUACAAGUUUCUGGCCCUGAACACUGAAAUACCGCUGGCUGGAAGUCAUCACAGAUACCAGCGGUUCUCUCAGCUUUACACCGACUUUGACGUAAACCCUAAGUCCUGGUGCUGUAGCCUGUCUGACGAUGAGGACUUCUGUAACAUGUACUAUGAAAAGAGGCCUCCGAACAGCUGUUCUUCUUACGUGCCACCACGUCUAGCUAUAAUGUGGGGAGACCCCCACAUAAAGACACUGGACAAUCUCGCCUACACUUUCAACGGGUUAGGAGAGUUUACGCUUGUCAAGACGAGUGGGGCUGAUGUCCAGUUCAGGCUGCAGGGCCGCACAGAGAAAGCCAUCGGGACUCAAGGGGCUGCUGAGGCUACAGUCUUCACGGCAUUUGCGUCCAAACAAGAGGGGUCAUCAACGGUUGAAAUGGGUAUGAACGAAGACCGGACAAACAUGACAUUAAUGGUGGAUGGACAGCACAUCGACAUUACUGACCUACAGCAGAACGGUGCGCAGCGUUUUGCCAAUGUGACUCUUCAGUACAAUUUUAACUCCAACCGGACCAGUGUGAUCGCCUCCUUCUCUUCGGGUGUAACAGUGACUGUCUCACUCCAGAAACUCAUGUUGAACGUACAGUUCGGAUCUCCGGAGUCUUUUGAAAACACCACCAGAGGUCUCCUUGGCGUUUGGAACGGCAACAUUCUGGACGACUUCACCUAUCCUAACGGGACUGUACUGCAGCCUCCAGACGACAGGAACCUUACAGAGGAAGAAAUCUUCCCGUGGGGAUUAUCUUGGCAAAUCAGCCAAGAUGAAAGUUUAUUCACCUACAAGGACGGACAAGACGUAAAUUCCUUCGCCAAGCCAGAUUUUAGGCCAAAGUUUUUGAGCCAACUACGGAAUACUGUCUCUGACGAAAAGCAAAGCGAGGCUGAAGAUCUAUGUGGCUCCAAUGUUGAAUGUCUCUUUGACUUCCUCAGCACGAAUGACACAGAAGUUGGAGAACAAACAAGAUCAAGUAUUGAAACUUUUGACUCAGAUGCAGAGACAUUGGCUAACUUUCCACCUAACAUCACGGUCAAUGCCACGGUCAAUGGAAUCGUUGGACAAGUGGUUGAACUACAGGUCACUGCGGAGGACCCUGAAGGCAAUCCCGUAACGUAUUCUAUAGCCAACGUUAGUACCAUACCUGGAGCGACCAUCAAUCCUGUUACUGGUAGCCUUAGCUGGAGACCGACCAGUAUCCUACCCGUGCAACUAGAGAUAGUUGCCAAAGACGACAAGGGUGCAUCCUCGUCGUCUUACCCGAUGGUGAAACUCUGUGACUGUAGAAACGGCGGAACCUGCAACUUUGUCACCGUCGACUUUACUGGAGAGAUCAACCCUGUGGGGCAGUUUCAGGUUGUUACCUGCUCCUGCCCUGAAGCCUACGCGGGAGAGUUCUGUGAGGCUGAUAAGAAUGAAUGUGAGGAAGACCCGUGCUAUCCAGGUGUGGUGUGUACAGAUAACGUGGCACCUGCAGCAGGCUUUACCUGUGGACCCUGUCCUUCUGGUCUGGAUGGAACGGGUGAAAAGUGCUAUGAUAUUAACGAGUGCGUUCAGGGUCAGCUGUGUGAACAACUCCAUAACUGUGAGAAUACCCGAGGAAGCUACACCUGUGGGUGUGAUGAUGGGUACACCAUGGACAGCAACGGUCUCAACUGCACUGACAUAGACGAGUGCGCUGGUGACUCAGCCGGCUGUGCAAAUACGGCAACAUGCAUCAACACAGAGGGCAGCUUCAUCUGUUCCUGUAAUACCGGAUACUUUGGCAACGGAACUUACUGUGGAGAUAUUGAUGAGUGCGCGAUUAGUGCCUCCUGUGAUCGCAAUGCAGUGUGCGAAAACACAGUUGGAUCUUACACGUGCACAUGUAAAGCUGGUUAUGAAGGUAGCGGGCGCAAAUGUGAGGACACCAAUGAGUGUGAUAAACCGGACACCUGCGACACACAUGCGGAAUGUACCAACACUAUCGGCUCUUACAGCUGCAGCUGCAACACUGGGUACCGCGGCAACGAGACAGUCUGUACCAACGUGGACGAGUGUGAUGAGCUACUGGACAGUUGUCUCCCGGGCCUGGGGAUCUGUAUAGAUAACCCUGGGUCCUACAGCUGUGCGUGUAGGGGUGGUUAUGUAGGAGAUGGGAUCACUUGUGAAGAUCUUGAUGAGUGUUCCGAUGCUGCUCUAAACAACUGCACCGAGAACGCCCAUUGCACCAAUACGGAGGGCUCUUACAUCUGCCUGUGUGCAGAGGGAUACGAGGGGAUCGGUACAGAGAGUUGCACAGACGUAGACGAGUGUACAAGGGAUAUAAGUAACUGCGCACAGGAGGUAACCUGCAGAAACACCCCAGGAUCUUUCCUCUGUUCCUGUAACGAAGGGUUCGCCGGAAACGGGAUUCAGUGUGAAGAUAUCGAUGAAUGUGUGAGGGGAGAAGAUGAUUGUGACGUUGACACAAAAGCCGUCUGCACCAAUCUGAUUGGAGGAUACAACUGCACAUGUUACAAUGGGUACCAAGGAGACGGUAGGACAUGCACAGACAUUGAUGAGUGCCUUAUUGGCAAUGGCAAAUGCGAUGACGACUGCGUCAACACUGAAGGAAGUUAUUACUGUGGAUGUAACGCUGGAUACAGACUGGCAGUCGAUGGUUUCAAGUGCGACGAUAUCGACGAAUGUGCAGAGCGGCUGGACGACUGUGAACAGGUCUGCACAAACACAGACGGUGUAUUCAACUGCUCAUGCGCUCCUGGGUUCACGCAGGUUGGAGAAUUGUGCCAAGCUUCUGCAAAUUGCACGAGCACCGUCUGCACAAACGCAGAGUGCUACGUGGAUACAGAGAACGGAACCGAGAAGUGUCUGUGUUUCGCUGGCUACGAUGUUGUCAACGGAACAGUUUGCAAUGACACUGAUGAAUGUUCAAGCGACACACUGAAUGCCUGCGACCAGUUGUGCAACAACACAGACGGUGGAUACACGUGUGAUUGCUUCCGUGGCUACACGAUUAGUACCGAUGGUCGCACAUGUACUGAUAUUGAUGAGUGUGCAGACAAUGACCUGAACGACUGUGACUCCAACGCCUUCUGCAACAAUGACCAGGGCGGUUACACAUGCAGCUGUAGGCAGGGCUUUACGGGUAACGGCACUUUUUGUACAGACUAUGAUGAGUGCACGUUCGGAAGUCCUGCCCAGAAUUGCAGUGACAGCGCACAAUGUGUCAACUUUGAAGGCGGCUUCAGUUGUACCUGUCGUGAUGGGUAUAUCGGCGACGGGUUCUUCUGUGCUGAUGUCGACGAGUGUAUCAAUGGCUCUGAAAAGUGCCAUGAACAAGCAACAUGUACCAAUGUUGUGGGCAGCUUCACCUGUUCCUGCAAUGCCGGAUACAACGGGACCGGCACAAACUGUGAAGACAUCGAUGAAUGUGAAAACGGAAAUAGUCCGUGCGAUGGAAACGCAACUUGCACCAACAACGCUGGGUCCUACACCUGUACAUGUAAUGACGGGUACACUGGUACAGGGAGAACAUGUGCAGAUGUGAACGAGUGUUUAAGUGGCCAAGCUGACUGUCAUGAACAGGCAUCAUGCAGAAAUACAGAGGGCAACUAUGUUUGCACCUGCUCAGCUGGUUUUACAGGCAACGGAACACACUGUGAAGAUGAAGACGAGUGUACGAAUGGCAAACACACAUGUACAGAAAACUCCGUGUGUAUGAACACCGAAGGUUCCUUCACUUGUCGAUGUAAGCCCGGCUACAUCGGGAGUAGCUGUGUGGAUGUCCGUGAGUGUGAGGAGGACAUUGACAACUGUGAUGACAACGCUGACUGUACGAACACACCUGGUUCAUUCAGCUGUACCUGUCUUCCCGGUUACUUUGGUAAUGGCACAGUCUGUACAGAUGAAGACGAAUGUGCAAAUGGCAACGAUACAUGUACAGAAAACUCCGUGUGUAUGAACACCGAAGGUUCCUUCACUUGUCGAUGUAAGCCCGGCUACAUCGGGAGUAGCUGUGUGGAUGUCCGUGAGUGUGAGGAGGACAUUGACAACUGUGAUGACAACGCUGACUGUACGAACACACCUGGUUCAUUCAGCUGCACCUGUCUUCCCGGUUACUUUGGUAAUGGCACAGUAUGUACAGAAAUUACCACGACAGCAGAAGCUACCACAGUCAAUAGCACAGCAGCUCCAACGACACAAACUCCAAUGACUGUUACUGCUGGACCAAAACCGCGGAAGUUUGUGCCUGCGCAAAUAACGAUGGACAGAGUCUUUGAGCCUGAAUACAACGACGCAAAUUCACCAGAGUAUAUGGAACUAUCUACACAGCUGAAAACAUCGCUGUAUAUCAUCUAUUCCGGAAUUCAAGGGUUCAUCGAGAUCAUCAUCAUUCGCUUCGUCCCCGGUAGCGUUCAAGCCAGAUACGCAGCUGUUUUCACCGUGGAAGGCUCGGAACCUGACUCCAACAUUCAUCAGGCGGCGAGGACGAAUCUUCAGAGGGCAAUCACCAGUGGGACGUUUGACUCGGCACUAAAUGUCACCAGUAGUGACAGCCUAGAGCCGACUACACUCAAUGAAGAAGAGUUGGACCAAGUGUUUGGAGAGUCAUGUGACUUGCCAUGUGGGGAGGGGGGCAUGUGUGCCCGGAGUGAGCCCUAUCCUGGAGCUGUGGUAGCGGAAUGUCAGUGUGAGGAAAACUAUUGCUACACUGGAACCUGUGAGUUUAACGUUGAAGAGGGAAGACCAAGAUGCAACUGCCCGGCAAUACAGGGUGCCUGGUACAGUGGGGAGCGCUGUCAGAUCAGUUUGACCCAAGCGGACGUCAUCGGUAUUGCAGCAGGCUGUGCAUGUGCAGUGUUGGUGAUCGUACUGAUGGUGGUUGUGUGCAUGGCGAAGAGGUCCAGGCGUUUGGCAAAGAAGAGGAGAGAAAUGAGGUACAGGGUCGAUGCACCUGCAGUCACCUUAUCCAACUACUACACCACUAGAGAGGCGUGGCAAUCGCUUCAUCGCCUUCCGGUCACUGACCUGAAUGAAGGCCGUGGCGACUAUCGCCCGCCUGUGCCCGUAGGUACUGAUAUGUUACCGCCUAUAUACACGGACUCCCUGCGGGCCAGAGGAAGGUCUUUCUGGAACCCAAGUGUUGAAAACGUGCCGUCCGGAGAGUUCAAGAUCCCUCGCCCGUCUGUGAAGAGUCUGAUUCAGCCUAAAGACGAUGAAGGUGAACGAUUUGUUCAGACGUUUGAGUUCAAGUUCUGAACUCAAACGAACUGGCAGUAGGAACAGCGGGGAUCUACGACCAAUGAACAGCUUUACAGCUUUGUUUGUUUAUUUCGACUUUCGAUAUGGUAGCUCUCCGUCUGAACUGCGUAAGUGAUGCAUUGUGGGUGACGUCAACAUUGAGACAACCCUGAGACACAAGCAAAAAAAAAUGACUAAUUAGGGGAAUAAACAGUAUCAAGUAAACUUAUCUUUUUAUACGGAUCAGUGAUAAUUAUGUCAAAACGUCAACCCGUAAAUUAAUUGGUUAUUAUAACAAUACCAAUAGAAUAAAGCAACUAAAUCUGUUUAACAAAAGCAUUAGCUUAAGACUAAAUAUAAAGAACAUUUACAUAUACAGUUAGUUUCGAAAUGCGUAUGCAUCAUUACAUUAGUACAGCUAUUCUAGUUUAUGAUAACUAACGUACGUAUACAUGGGUGAGCAUGUACCUAACAUAUAUGUGUUGUUUGUUUAAACGUUUUUUAAAUCAUUAACAAAGAAGUACGCUUGUCAUUGCGAGUUAUAGUGCUUCAAGUCAUAUGCCACAUGUAUAGAUCAUGAAAAUAAUCAGGGACACAUUUUAAUGUGACGCUAUUGAUAGAAGAUACAAACGCUACCUAGCAUGUUACCUUCUUGGCGAAGAUGAUAAUGAAUUGAAUUGCCUUAAAGCGUUUCUUAACCUUUUUAUAUCUACCCGUUUGUUACUCUGAUGACAGGAGUGCAAGUAGUCUAAAAUUCUAAGAUAAUGUUUGUUUUUACGGUGAAUUUAUGUAUCAUAUUGAGCUGCUUAUAUUAUUAGUAUGGUGCAUAAUAUAUUUUAUCUUUGAUGCAUUUAAGUUGAUUCGAACCUUUAUUUUAGGUUAGGUACGCAGGGCUGCUCAUUGAAAACCGCCCGAGUGGCCCUGACAUGGAUAAAUGAAUAAAAUGAAAUAAACAGACUUACAUAAAUACUAUGUA